AUGGAACCUAGCGGGUCUGGAACAGUGGCUUUAACAGAUCGAGAUCCUGAUGAUAAAACUACGGUAAGUUAUUCUAACUAUCUUAUAAUCAAUUUCUAACAGAAAAUUAAUUUCAGUUCAAUGAUUUGCCAGUUCGUAUUAUAGAGCUAAUUUUCGAAUAUUUGGAGACCUACGAAAUAGUGAAAAUGAGAAGAGUUCUACCGGCUUUUAAAGAUUAUGUGGAUAGAUUACCGAAGAAGAAAAAGGUAAGGAUUUGGGGCCAAAAAAGGCCGGAGAUUAUAACUCACCAAAAACUAUUCUUUGAUUUAUGAGAAAUGAGGUUCCUAAUGGAAAAAUCCACGUCAAAACUGAAAUUAGGUCACGAAUUUUUUUUCGGAAUUUUUAUGAUGAAAAAUUCUAUUUCUAGCAGAUUUAAAGUAUUAUGUUUCAGUUCGAUUCGUCCAUUUCAAACAUUUAUUCACAAUAACGAAUUUACAUUCAGCCGAAAGGAUCUUUCGCCAAGAUUUCGAACCUUAGAUUAUCCUUUAACUCCUAUGAAAUACUAUCAAAUUUACGAAGAUGUUCAACUGAAUUGGAUUCGACCUUAUACAGUUACCUAUGAAUCAUCAAAUGUUCUCGAAAGUUCCGCAAAAUUUCGAGAAUUUUUGAAAAAUGUCUGGAAAUUUAGUGUUUUUAGUAUUACAAAAGGCGAAAAGUGUGUGGAAAACUUUUGUAAGAACAUGGAAUUCAUGGAAAAUCUUCAAGACUUUGCAUGUUAUGAUGAAACAUUGAAGGAGGAAGAAUUGGUGAAAAUACUUUCAAGUUUGAAAACCAGUAGUGAUUUCGAACUAACUCUUCAUCAAAAUCUACCAUUUUUGACGAAACCAAUUAUCGAUGAAUUUUUCAAUAUAAGUUACGGCAAAAAAACGGUUCUCUACAUUGGAACUGAAAAUCCCAGAGGAACCCAAUUUGAAGGACCGGAAGACAUGUGGAGAGAUGGACUAUUUCGAUUCUUCGACUAUAGAUACGAAGAAGAAGAAGUUGGAGACAAUAGAAAAACAUUGAAUUUUCCAAAUUGCAAAAGAUCCACUGCAGAAGCGAUUAUAUCGGUUCUUCAUCAAAAAUUCAACUAUCAAUCGAUUGUUCGCAAAAUGUCGGGGUUCAUCUCACUCCGUUUUGGAAAUCGGAUUUUACAGUGUAAAUAUAAUUUGUUUCAAUAA